CAACCCAACCCCCAAAAAGCCUCGCCGAAGCCCUAGCUCCUCCUCUGCCUCUCGAUCGCCGCCGCCGCCAUGGAUCCGUCUGCCCCUUCGUCCCGGAGCUGGAGCAUCUACGGCCGGUUGGAGAUCACCCAGCGGUACGAGAUCCUCGAACGCAUCGGCUCCGGCGCGUACGCCGACGUCUACCGCGGCCGCCGACGGUCGGACGGCAUCGUUGUGGCCCUUAAGGAGAUCCACGACUACCAGAGUUCGUUCCGGGAGAUCGAGGCCCUCCAGACCCUCCGUGACUCUCCCAACGUCGUCGACCUCCUCGAGUACUUCUGGCAGGAGGACGAGGACGCCGUGCUCGUCCUGGAGUUCCUCCCCACCGACCUCGCAUCCGUCAUCCGCGAUGCCAAGAGGGGCCCCGGCCUCGCAGCCGGCGAGGUCAAGCAGUGGAUGCUCCAGAUCCUAAGGGGAGUCGACGCGUGCCACCGGAACUCGGUGGUCCACCGUGAUCUCAAACCGUCCAAUCUGCUCAUCUCUGCCGAGGGGGUUCUCAAGCUGGCGGACUUCGGCCAGUCAAGGAUACUUCAGGAAACAAGAUAUAUCUCCAGAGACAACCGUCCACAUGAACCAGGUUCUGAGAAUGAGGCAUGGAUACCACAACAGCCUGCAAUUGUGGGGGAGGGAAACCAGCCAUGGCCGGAUGUUCCUGAAAAUCCAACUUCUCUACAGCCCAGACCUAUCAAUGAAGAUGAGUAUCUGCGGGAGUUGGAUGGCCUCAAGGCAAAGUAUGCAAUGGAGGACACUGAUAAGGAGAUGAGCCUGCAAGAUGGUGAUGCAUCUUGUCUUGCCACAUGUAGUACAGGUGAUGUGGAAGAUGAUCCCUUCAAAGGCUCCUACACCUAUGAGGUAGAAGAGGUUCAAGAAGAUGAUGAGUCCGGUGCCCUCACCUCAUGUGUUGGGACGCGGUGGUUCAGAGCCCCAGAACUACUCUAUGGAUCCACAACUUACGGGCUAGAGAUUGACCUCUGGUCGCUAGGCUGCAUUUUUGCCGAACUUCUUAGUUUAGCACCACUCUUUCCAGGGACGUCAGAUAUCGAUCAGCUUGGUAAAAUUAUUAGUGUUUUGGGAGACUUGACUGAAGAAACUUGGCCAGGUUGCUCGAAGUUACCUGAUUACAAUAAGAUCUUCUUUAAUAAAAUUGAAAACCCAAUUGGUCUGGAAGCAUGCCUGCAAAACCGAUCAGCAGCUGAAGUUAAUAUUGUGAGGAGGCUUCUUUGCUAUAAUCCAGCCAGUAGAGCUUCUGCAAUGGAGUUGCUCCAAGACAGAUACUUUGCUGAAGAGCCCCUGCCUGUUCCUAUAAGUGAGUUGAAAGUCCCUUCCACAAAAGAUGGGCAUGACGAGAGCUCUCCAGAAGAAUGGGCUGAUUACAGGGAUUUGGGUUCAGACUCUGAUCUUGAUGAGUUCGGCAGCGUGGAUGUGACAACCACUGAAAAAGGUUUCUCUAUACGGUUCGCUUGAUGAAGAUUGUGUAUUGGUUAUUUUUGUGUCUUACAUUGUGUUGACAAAAUGAAAAAUUUCAUAAACUUGAUCCGAGUAUGUAUAUGAGAAGGAUGAUGAGCUGGGUUUAUAGAGACGCUAUAACGAUGUUGGGAAAAAUAACAGCAAUUUUCUCCAGUAAUGAUUCAUAUGGGAAAGGUUGUGGAGAAACUUGGGGUUGCAUUGUUAAAAAAUGAUGGGAGUUUACUAUUGAAAAAAAAAAAAAAAA